AUGACAGAGGAAUUUGAUAGAACCCUGCUCUCUAGUCAUGGAUCAUUAAUUCUGCAGAAGAUAUCGGAAUAUUCCCAUGUGUGCCAUUGUGGAGGAUCUAAUCAAUUCUUCUCUUAUUUGGGACAAAAGACAGUAAAAAAAGACUUUUACAAGAAGCCAUCUAUAUUUGAUUAUUUCUGGGAGAAAGCAAACAAAGAUCAGGAAUUAUGCAGCGUAUCCAGACCAUAUCUACUACCCUCCAGUCAUUCUAGUUAUUCUAACCACUCAGGAACGUCAUCAAUCAAUGAUGCCUAUCAUCUACCUGGUAUACCAUUAGGAUGUUUUCAGAUUUAUUUAGCUAAAGAGACUCAUCAAAUAGCUGAAGCUAAUGCAGAGAAAAAUGCCAGGUUGCGGGAAGCAUUUGGUCUGGAUACUUAUGUUGAUGGUAGUGCUUUUGAUCCCAACAGAAAAGCCAAAGAAGAGGCGGCACGAGCUGAAGCAAUGGCAACAAAGAAAUAUCAAACUUUGGAAUCCGAUGAAGAAAAAUCUCCAUCACCUCCACCCAAGAAGAAGAAAAAAAGAUCCAGGACAGAAAGUAGCUCUUCAGAAAGAAAGGAGAAGAAAAAGAAAUCUAGAAAACAUAAACGUGAUCGGUCUGAAUCCAAGAGGCAUAAAAAAUCAAAGAAAAAGAACAAAAAACUAGAUAAAAGAGCAAGAAAGAGUAAAAAGAAGGAUGAUUCUUCGGAAUCUGAGACAGAUAGUGACAGUGACAAUAGUUCUUCAUCUGAAGAUUCUGAAAAUGAUGAACCACAACAACUAGAGAAAUUUCCGUCACCAACAUCUAAACCCACAAGAGGUCGUGAAGCUAGAAAGUCAUCCACUGAUAGACAUUAUUCUGAUGAUUCACAAAGUCCAUCACCAAGACGUACAAAUGGUAACAGUAGAAGAAAUGGCAGAGAAAUAAAUGAAUCUCCGAAACGUAGACAAAAAUCAUUAAGCUAUUCUCCUGCUCGUAGAAAAGAGAAAUCAUCUCGAUCACCAUAUAAUCAUAGACAGGAAAGGUCACGGUCCACUUCUAGGAAACGAUCCCAAUCUACAAGAAAUAGUCAUAGGUCAAGGUCAUCCAGAUCCAGAUCUAAUUCUCGGGAUCAUUCCAAAGUAAAAUCAAGACGCAGUGCAUCACGUUCUAAAUCAAGAUCUCGCAGUAAAAAAUAUUCCCAAUCGCGGAGCAGAAGCCGCAGUCAAAGCCGUAGUUCAAGAAGGCGUUUGUCUCGCAGUCCAUCUAUUCGAAGACGCAAAGGAUCUCCAAGUCAUUUAGACAAAAGACGAAUUACCAGUGCAAGAAAACGACCCGUUCCAUACAAUCGUCCAUCACCAUCAAGUUCAGAGAGUAGUUACCGUUCAUACAGUCGAUCUCGUAGCCGUUCACGUUCAGUCCGUCGAUAUCGUAGAAAGAGAAGUUGGAGUCGUAACAGUAUUGAUAGUGCACGAUAAUGUUUUUUUGUGGACACUGUAUAUGUAAAAGAUUUAAGUUAUUAUUUGUGUUUGAUCAUGUGAAUUUUAAAAAGAAUCAUCUUGCCUCUAUUACUCUCUAAACUAUGGUUUAGAUUACUCAAAUCAACAUCAACAAUUACUUUCUAUAUGUUUAAAUUCUUUCUAAAUCAGCAGUUUAUUGAAGUAUUUAGUUCUGUUUUUUCGUAUUAUCAUUGAAUUGGCUUAUUGCAUAAGUUAAAGGAUCGAAAAGUUUAUGAUAAAAUAGCCAAAAGAACUAUUAGUAUUAUAGCAUGACAUGAAUGUAGCCUUCUUAUUUAAAGUAUGACUGUAGAAGUGAUAUUCAGUUAACCCAUUCCUAUUUUUUGCUAGUAGAUUUGAAAAUAUUGAACAGAUUUAGCAUGCACAGCAAAUAUUUAGUAGACUUUAAGUAAAGGAUGUAAAAUUUGCAUAGUAUAUGAUAUAGAUUAUGACUUGUCUUCAAUUCAUUUACACUCUCAUAAGAUUUUAUCAUAACAUUGUCAUUGCAUUUCAUCACAGCAUAAGUGAUAAACAUAUUCUAACAGCAAUUUCUUUGUUUUAUGAAUAUUUAUCAAACAUAUGCAGAAAAGUUUCAGCACAAAUUGGCAUAUUAUAUGAAUGUGCUGUCACGGCUGACUGACUGCCAAAAUAUGGAUAUGAUUCAAUGCAGUUUUGAUAUUUUUACCCGAAAAGUUGCAUAUCUGAAUAGCUUCUAAAGUACUAUUACGAGAACAAAAUUAUUUAUGUUUGUCUUUCAUUAUAUGACUUGUUAUUAUAUAUUUGCACAUGUUGUGGCUUAUUGUAGAUAAUAUAUCAUGUUUUGUAUAUAGUUUGUAUAAUGGAUACAAGUUUUAAUCAUCAUGUAAAUGAAAAUAAAAGAAUGCAAUAAAAUAAAUUUGUGGU